AUGGAGUACGGGAGUGGAGGCGGUGGUGGGUCCCCCGGGGACCACCAUCACCACCACCACCACCUGCUGCACGACGGUUCUGAUUCACAGAGGAACAAGAAGCGAUACCAUCGUCACACAGCUAACCAGAUUCAGAGGCUUGAAUCAAUGUUCAAGGAGUGCCCCCACCCAGAUGAAAAGCAGAGAUUGCAGUUAAGCAGGGAACUAGGCUUGGCCCCUAGGCAGAUCAAGUUCUGGUUCCAGAACAGGAGGACCCAGAUGAAGGCCCAGCACGAGAGGGCUGAUAACUGUGCCCUUAGAGCAGAGAAUGACAAGAUUCGAUGCGAGAACAUAGCUAUCAGAGAGGCCCUCAAAAAUGUCAUUUGCCCUUCUUGUGGUGGCCCUCCUCUUCACGAGGAUUCCUAUUUCGACGAGCAAAAGUUGCGUUUGGAGAAUGCUCAAUUGAAAGAAGAGCUCGAUAGAGUAUCUAGCAUUGCGGCUAAAUACAUAGGAAGACCGAUUUCUCAGCUCCCUCCUGUGCAGCCUAUUCAUAUUUCAUCUCUGGACUUGUCGAUGGCAAGUUUUGGGAGCCAGACUAUGAUGGGUGGUCCCUCCCUUGAUCUCGAUCUUCUGCCUGGGAGUUCUUCAUCGGUUCCGAGCUUGCCUUAUCAGGCGGCCUCAUUUUCCGACGUCGACAAGUCCCUCAUGUCUGACAUUGCUGGAAAUGCCAUGGAUGAGUUGCUCAGGCUUUUGCAGACUAAUGAACCCUUGUGGAUGAAGUCAGGCACGGAUGGGAGAGAUGUUCUUAAUCUUGACGCUUACGGAAGCAUGUUUCCCGAUCGAGUAGUCACCUCAAGAACCCCAAUGUUUCGGGUCGAAGCGUCUCGAGAUUCUGGAGUUGUGAUUAUGAAUAGCUUGGCUUUGGUCGACAUGUUUAUGGACCCU